GGUGUGCCGUGGCUGCAUGGGGCGGUCCCUCCGACAGUGUGUCACGACCUUGACGAAUCCCGGGGCUGAUAAAACAGGCGCUGGGAGACCGAGCCGAGCUAGAUCCGCGGAUGCAAUCACAGGGAAGUGGUCCCCUCUGCUCCCCGAGACAUCCCCCUCCGUCCUACCUGGAGACCAGCUUCAACCGCACAAUGCUGUUUUGGCACUCACAGCCCGAACAUUUCCCCCACCAUCAGCAGCAACCGGGAAACAGUUACCUCCGCGAUGUUCUAUCACUUCCAGUUUUUAAACACGAGGAAUCAAAUCUGUCUCCAGGAAAUGGUGCUAAAGUACUUCCAUUCCAGUACGUGCUCUGUGCAGCCACAUCUCCUGCUGUCAAGCUCCAUGAAGAAACACUGACUUACCUCAACCAAGGUCAAUCUUACGAAAUUCGUAUGUUUGACAACAGAAAACCUGGAGAUUGCCAGGAAGUAGUUGACAAGUAUAUAAAGAGCAUUAUCCGUGUGGUUUUCCAUGAUCGUCGCUUGCAGUACAUGGAGCACCAGCAGCUGGAGGGCUGGAAAUGGAGUCGCCCAGGAGACCGAAUUCUAGACAUGGACAUACCUCUGUCAGUCGGUAUUGCGGAUCCUCGAGCAAAUCCGACACAACUAAACUCCAUUGAAUUUCUUUGGCAUCCUGCCAAAAGGACUUCUGUAUUUGUUCAGGUCCACUGUAUCAGUACAGAGUUCACUCCCAGGAAGCAUGGUGGAGAGAAAGGAGUUCCAUUCCGCAUCCAGAUUGACACGUUUAAACAAAACGCGAAUGGGGACUAUACAGAACACUUGCAUUCCGCAAGUUGCCAGGUCAAAGUGUUCAAGCCAAAGGGAGCAGAUCGAAAACAGAAAACCGACCGGGAAAAGAUAGAAAAACGAACACCGAAAGAAAGAGAAAAAUACCAACAUUCAUACGACACAACAAUUCUCACUGAGUGCUCUCCAUGGCCUGAUGCCUCAUACGUUAGUAGCACUCCCUCCAUAGGUUACCACAGCUUGCCUGUCAGCUUUAGUGUCAGUGAAGGAAAUUGGACAACAACAAGCCCAGAGGAGCCACUGUCUCUGAGCAUUGAUCACCUGUUGCCCACAGCCACGAACCAGGAGGCACAGCAGUGGCUGCACAGAAAUCGCUUCUCAGCAUUCUGCCAACUGUUUUUCAGUUUUUCAGGUGCAGACUUGUUGAAAAUGUCUAAAGAAGAUUUGAUCCAGAUUUGUGGUCCUGCAGAUGGAAUCAGACUUUUUAAUGCAAUUAAAGGAAGAAAUGUGUAUCCAAAACUGACAAUCUAUAUGUGUCAGGAGCCUGAAAAUAAUCGGGAUGAUCAUCAACAGAAACAAGAUAUCAUUUCAAGAGUUAGCCCUUCAAGCGUAUACCAUGCAAUCUUUUUGGAAGAGCUGACAGCGAUAGAAUUAACUGAGAAAAUAGCAAAUCUGUACAGCAUUUCUCCGCAGCAGAUUAACCAGAUCUACAGACAGGGACCCUGUGGGAUCCACGUGCUUGUCAGUGAUGAGAUGGUUAAGAAUUUCGGUGAUGAAACUUGCUUCGUCAUCUGCACCAUGAAAGCUGAGAGAAAUGAUGGGUACAACAUCAUCUUAAAAUGACAAAAGUUGCACCUGAUUCCCCGACAUCAGGAGGAAGAUUGAGUGCUUUCACAUUAUUUGAAUGUUGUCAUCAUUGUCGAACAUGGACAACAAUCUGAUCAUCAGGCAAAAGAUGAAUUGCCCACAGUUGAAACUGAAUUUUUCUAAUGUCUUUGAGGGAAAAAAAGAUUUUUUUUUUCUUUAUCAGAGUGACUAUUAUAUUUGGGGAAAGAAAGCAAGAAGGCAAUGAUAAAAUCCUUUUGUUUUUAGCAUUAUUUUACCAAGUUCCCCAAUAGGAGGUGCUAUGCUGUAUACAAGGUAACAUGACAAAAUGUUUUGCUUAAUUCCGCACUAGAUAUGGUGGACAAUUUUUCUUUUGAUUCCUGGCUAUUUUCUAAUAAGUGGAGUGACUAAAAACCAUGUUUUCCUCCUCUCAUUUGUUUUGUACUUAGUCAUGAUGAACGCUAGUUGCAGUUUUCAGGCAGAAUAAAAAUUGACAAAAAUCAUUCCAAAAACAAAUAGCUAAAUUUCAUAAAGCUUCCCAUGUCAGUGAAAUGAAAUUUGGCUUACCGGUGACUUUGAUAACAAACAGUUUGUUUGCAUUUGUAGUUUUAUUUGAAAAGGUUUGUAAUUGUAAAGAAGUGAAAUUAACUUGUCAUACUCAUUCUCCUGCUCCUCGGAUGCUGCCUGGCCUGUUGUGUUUUCCAGCACCACAUUUUUCAACUCUGGUCUCCAGCAUCUGCAGUCCUCACUUUCUCCUAUACUCAUGAUCCCCAUCUAACUCUUGAAAUGCUUAUGCUCCAUAAAGUCCAGACUUUGUCUUGAUUUUAAGGACCCAGGCUAAAGUUUGAGUUAUCCAAAAUUUUCUUACACAGGCCACAGCUAUCUAUUCAAACCUAUCCUCAUGAGAUAUUUGUGAAUAUGCUGUGACUCUUAACUUUAGAGGCCUGUGCCCUUAAGUAUUUUCUAAUAUAAAGCUAUGAUCGCAGUCAAGUACUGACAAUCUAUUUCCUUUACAUGGUGCUGCAGUGGGGAAUGAGGUAAAGAGAGUAGAGAGAUAGCCAGACAACUAACCUUUAUGUAUAUUAGUUGUAAGGUAAGAUGAAGAAUAUAUUAUUUUCCUUUUAUUAAUCAGACUAAUCCAUGUUCAAGAGCAUCCUUAGGUUUUAUUAGAUAAAAGAAAUCAUGAAAGUAAAGGAGUGAAAAGACAUGGAUCAGAUUUUAAGGUUGGGGGGAAAGAAGUGAUAACUCAAAAGCUGAAGAGAUAUGAUGGUAUAUUUUUAGUUGUUCAUGGGAAUGGGCUUUGCUCUUUCCUACUUGUCCUUAAGAAAUUGGUGCGCCAUCUUGAACUGCUACAGUCCUUAUGAUGGAUCUGCACUCUGUGCGAUAAGAGGAGGAGCAGCAAAGUAAAUAAACCUGCUUUUUGAACCCUGGCCAUUUUUUUUGUUGUAUGUUUGAAGCUAGUUCACGUUGGACUCUUUUGGAUUUGGACAAUCUGAUGCAUGAAUUUAUUCAUUAUCCAAAGACAACCUUUUGUCUCAGACAAGGGCUUGAAUGACUACCCAGAGCUUGCUGUAUGUCACAGGCACUCUCUCUCAAUGGGGAUUUUUUACUAACUGUGUGUAUUUAAUUGAAGGUUAUUUGCAAAGUGAUUGGUUCCAAAUUGUUGAUGUUUACAUGACAGUUGCUCAAUUGCUAAGUCACCCAGGGUAGAUAAUUGUUUUUGCAUUUUAAUCAAAGUAAGUAGUUCUUUUACGAUUGCAACAUAUGAAGCCCAUUUUUAUUUUGCUGGACAUCCUGCUGCAGUUGUCAAGACACAUUAAACCAAGUUGAAUUACUUCCAUUUAAAUGUUGCCAUGUCUGGAGGGAUUUCCACCCACUCCAACUCUUCCAUUGACUCUCCGUCAUGCAGCAUCUGAAGUGAGAGGCCAGCAAUAAGUGAUUUGCUAGCAGGCCUAGUCCUAGCUUAUGGUAGGUGGAUAAGACUGUUCUAAUACUUUGGCUGCAUCGAGCAACUUGAGGUGUGGAAAACUAGAAGGUAGGGAAAGUGGGGGAGGAGGGAGUAUAAUCAUCCUGUUGGCCAUACCAAGGCAUUUAGGUUUUAUUUCUAUAAUAGGAGGCUUGUUUCUACCAGAUUGCCUAUACCAGAGGGCAGCAUAGAGGCUCAGUGGCUAGCACUGCUGCCUCACACCGCCAGGGACCUGGGUUUGAUUCCACCCUGUGACUGUCUGUGUGAAGUUUGCACAUUCUUCCCGUAUUUACCUGGAUUUCACCCGGGUUCUCCAGUUCCCUCCAAAAUUCCAAAGGAGUACAGGUUAGGUGGAUUGGCCAUAGUAAAUUGUCCAUUGUGUCCAGGGAUGUGCAGGCUAGCUGAAUUAGCCGUGGGAAAUGCAGGGUUACGGGGAUAGUUUGGGGGUAGGUGCAGAUGGGUGGACUGAAUGACCUCUUUCUGCACUGUAGGGAUUCUUUUAGUUCUGUUACUCACCCUCAGCUGGGAGACAUUGAAUCGCUGACCUACCAAUUAAAUUAAGUGAACCCAUAUAUUUCCAUAAAACCAGAAAUUUCCAACAAAUCAUGAGCUAUUAAAUUGGCCUAUGAAUGCUUUUGUUUCAUAAUUUUAGGACACAGUUUUCCCAUGGUUCAGGGCAAUAAUGGAAAAUAAUUGGGCAACUUGGCUCGAGAGCGUUAUUCACCCUCUUCUCACCACGUUAGUUAUCAAAUGGUGGGUGAGAAGAAUCAGAGGGGACUUGCUUGACCUAUUAUUAGUUAAAGCCUUUAAAUGAUCAGUUAAUUGCCACCUAAAGCACUCAAUUUCUCACCUCCCUGAUUACCUGCCUUUCUAGCGUGCAUUGAUUUUCCAUCUGGAAACUUGCUAGUCUGGUUUGGGGUCUCUAUUUGCCCCAGUUUGGGGCUUUGGAAGCACCCAUGCAGAGUGAAAGUCUGAAAGCCACCACUCUGCCCUUCCCAACAACCCCAUCCCAAUAGAAGCAAAAGAAAAUGAUCUGCCUUCUUGCCUUUGGAUCCCUGAAACGUAGGCCUCACCCAGAGUUCUGACUAACCUGGACACUGAUGAAUUGAUAAAUUGAGAAGCUUGUCAAAGGUUUCCAGUCUACUCUUAAGCUGAUUGUCUAGCACCGGAAGAAGGAGCAAGGCUCUGAAAUGUUGUGUUUUCAAAUGGAUAUGUUGGACUAUAACCUGGUGUCAUGUGAGUUUUUUUUUACCGUAAGCUAAUUGGCACAUGAUCUGGCAUGUUUUCUCAGCAUUCGACAUCUAACAUGGCUCCGUCCACACACCGCCUGAAGGAGGGAAAAUUGUGGCCUUAAUUUCUAAUGACCACCUUUGAACCAUUGUCCCUGUUUGUCAUAAUAAUUAUAAUAUUAAAACUUGCUGAUUGAAAGGUUAGGAUUGAGAGACAUGGCAGGAGUGUUGUGUUUGAUAAUGAAUAUUAACCAGAUCUAUUCAAUCAUCUAUGAUGCAGGCAACUGACCAAGUCUCAGUUAUGGAAAACACCUUUUUGAAUGUACUUGAUCCCUUCACAAGGAAGCUGUGCCUAUCUGCAGUGACGGACAGGGAAAUUCUAAUGUGCCCAGCCAAGGAAAUUCUAAUGUGGCCAGCUAGAAUUUAAAUAUCAUUAAUUUGAUUUGGAAAAGCCAACACAAGUUUAUAUUUAGGGCAAGGAAUUCAGGCUUCACUUCCCCAGAUGGCAAUAAAUUGCAUGCAGUUCUGUAGCAAAUUGCCUAUUUACAGGAAGUCCACAGGAUUUAAGGGCAUUUAAAUGGUCAUUGGAUAGGCAUAUGGGCGAGAAUGCAAUAUUGUAGGUUAGAUGGGCUUCAGAUUGGUUCCACAGGUCGGUGUAACAUUGAGGGCUGAAGGGCUUGUACUGCGCUGUUGUGUUCUAUGAUUUACUGCUUUUCUGUUGAACAAUGAACAUUCAUUGUUAUUAACCCUGCAUUUUGGAACACUGCCUCACAGCAGUUUAGGGCAUAAUCUUUGUACUGAAUGAGUUUAGUGCAGUGAUGUUUCAGGCAAAUUUCUAGCUUUGUUGUCUUUUAAUAUGUUUUUUCAAACAGAAAAUACAGCAAAUCCUGUGCUGAUCUGGCAGCUCUGAGAGAGAAACCGACUUAACAGUUUACGACAGUGGAUGGGGCAAGGUGUGUGAUACAGUAGAAGACAGGAGAGACUAAGUGGUGGAAGAAUUAGACUUACAGGGCCAGAGGGAAUGCUGCUGAGACACAGAACAGAACAAAAGAUGUUAGUGAGUUUUGAGAAGAUUUGUAGCUGAGGUUGAGGUUUUGGAUGUAAGUUUGCUCACUGAGCUGGAAG